AUGGCUACGGAUGAGUUCCCAUACACUCUCUAUGUGGAGGGCCAGUGGGACUCACACACUCCCAAACUAAAAAACAAACUAAUCAUAUACUUCCAGAGUAAGAAAUCCGAUGGAGGCGACUGCGAGGUGGAAUAUAGUGUUUCUGGCGGACAGACAGCAACUGUUCGAUUCAAGUCAAAGGAAGUGAGGCAGCGGGUUCUGAACAAACAAACGCAUGAGCUCAAGAUUGGUCAAAAAACUGUGAAAAUGACUGUGAGUCUCCCGCCAUCAGAUGCCUCAGUUCCUCAGGAAUCAACUUCUUCGGUCAGCACAAUCGCAGCAGGUGAACCACAGAGUGAAGAAGAAAUAGAGGAGGAUGUUGAGCAAGUUGAAGAAACGGAAGAAGAUACAACCCCUAAAUCAGCUGUAAUCGAAAAUACCCAAAACUGUGGUCAAGAGUUUCUGACAAUGCUGGUGGAAAAUGUGCUGAAAGGAUCUUGUGCUGAGUCAAAGGACUUCGACACUGAAAUAAUACCAGAGAUUAACUGUGCCGUGGUGACAUUUUCUAAUAGCAAGUAUGCAGAAUAUUUCUUGGUAUCCUCUCCAAGCAAUGGAAUAAUUAAGAAGAAAAACAUGAAAGUCCGAUUGCUCGAGGUGACUUCAAAGGUGAAAGCCGAAGGCUUACCUCCAAACUCAAACUCUGACUUAGUCAUGCUCUAUUUUGACAAAUUUGCAGAAGUAGAGGAUGAUGGGGUAACGUUUGAAACGGAUCAAUCAGCAAUAAUAACUUUUAAAAAUCCUGAAGAUGUGCAAAAAGUCCUCGAAGAGCAACAUCAAAUUAAAAAACAGCCUUUCAGAGUACUGCCAUACUACGAAUCACUACAAACAGCUCUAUAUGGUAAAGACAGACCCAACCUGAGACUUCCAGAGACAUUUAUAGAGAAGGUUGAUAGAACUGUAUGUCACCACCUAAAGGAAAACAGGAAAUCCCUGGAUUCAAUCAAGCAAGCUAUGUCCAGUCAUUUUUGUGAGAUGGAUUUUCAGUCCUCAGCAGUUAACAUCAGUCCUUCUCGAUCCCUACUUAACAAUGGUGCAAAGACAAGAAAACUAAUUCAGACAUGGAGAGAAAACGCCCUUUCUGUGUUCUUAGAAUCAAUGUCUAAGUUUAAAUCCAACAAGCUCCACAUUCAUGAGGAUGCAUGGACAGAGAUACAAACUGAAAUUGAAAACGCAGUAGUGGGAGAGACUGUCACACUGGUUCCCUGUAUGGAUGAAGGAACGAUAGCUGUAGCUGGCCUUAAAGAAGAUGUGGACAGGAUUGAGGGAAUCCUAACAGAAACUGUUGAGAAAAUCAUGCAAAGAAUCCAAAGAGAGAAGGGCAGUGAGAUGGGUGACAUCAAUAUGACUCCAUCAGUUUAUAAUGUUGUUCUAUGUGAUGGUUUGGAGGAGCAACUUUGUGACAAAUUUCCAAAAAUGAACAUCACAUACCAUGUGCACAGCCAAAAGUUAACUUUCUUUGGUCUAAAACAUGAGGUGCUGGAAACAAAGAACGAAAUACUGCAGGCUGUUCUUAAUUUGAUUCGUAAACCAAUUGAGCUCCACCAAUCUGUUUUAGAUUUUCUGCACAAGAAUGAUCUAGAGGAAAUAACUAGAGAUAUGUUUUUCAGCAAAGGAAUCUAUGUAGCAUUAGAAGCUGAUGGCAAGAGAGUUUUGCUUGUUGGAAAAACACACAAGGCCUUGAAUGAAGGUGAGAAGCAAUUGCUGACAGAUCUGGGUCAUCUUAGCUUCAAUGUAGAAGAUCCCAGUGUUCUAGGAACAUCAGAUUGGCAUGACCUUGUCUCACGCAUAAAAAGCACAAAUGUUACAGUACAGACAGCUGUCGACCAGGUGGUGGUUUCUGGCUUUGUAGAUUCCAUCAACGAUGUUAAGCAAGAGUUAUAUAAUUUUGUUCAGGAAAACUCUCACUUUGAGAAAACUCUGAAAUCUCACAAGACUGUUGUCGCAUUCAUAAAGGAUCACAAAAAGCAGGAAUGGUUUGAAAAGGUGAAAGGUAAAGUGAAUGUGGACUUCAAAUGUGAAGACAUCGUGAUCAGUGGCUCAAGACUUUAUGUCUCUAAGUGUGUGCCUCUGUUUGAGGACUUGCUUGGAUCUGUGCAUCACUGCACCAUGAAAAUAGUUAAACCGGGGGCAAGGAAGUAUUUCAAGGAGAAAAAGUUCAUGUGGGUUGCAUAUGCCAAGACAAAUAUGAAUUGUUUGGUCCAGUUACUAGAUGAGUGUGACCACCCACGUGACAUAGUUCAAUCACGGUCAAUAAAGUCUAUUUAUGAAUAUAAGACGCAUGAAGGAAUGGAGAUUACAGUAAACAAAGCUGACAUGUGUUCAUUUCUAGUGGAUGCAGUAGUCGGUGCAUGCAAAUCGACCCUCCUACUUGAUGGAGGUUUGGCAAAGGCCCUCUCAGAUGCUGCUGGUCCUAAACUUCAGAAUGACUGCAACCAGAUUGUCAAACGUCGGAAGCUGACAACAGGUGAUGCUGUUCUCCUCGAUGCAGGAGGACAGCUAUGUUGCAAGCAUGUCAUUUUAGCAAUAGGACCACAUUAUAACCCUUCCAAUCCUCAGGAGUCCAUAAAGCUCCUGAAAAAAGCUGUGAAGAAGAGUCUGAAUUUGGCAGAUCAAGAAAGCUUCCAGUCAUUGGCAAUCCCAGCCAUUAGUUCUGGUGUAUUUGGUUUCCCACUGGACCUUUGUGCAGACACCAUUGUGAAAGCUAUAAAGGAGUUCUGUGAUUUUGUUGAGGGGAAUACGCUGAGUAAGAUUCACCUAGUUGACAAUAAUGAAAAGACAGUCCAAGCUUUAGAAGCUGCAGUAAAGAACGUUUAUGGGGUCAGUGCACGUACCCAUAGCGUGACAUCUGGAAGCAGUUCAAGCAACCAGCAGCAAAACCAAAACCAAGCAAGUUCAUCUCCAAGCCAACACCAGAUAGCUGCACACUUUCAAGGAGCAUCACAAAGUUUUCAGACAAAAGAAGGUUUAACCAUCACCCUUAUGAAAGGAAACAUUGAGGACACAACAAUGGACAUUGUUGUGAACACUCUCAGCAGUGACCUGAAUCUCAGCGUAGGCGCCAUUUCAAAUGCACUUUUCAAAGCAGCUGGUCCUCAGCUUCAGGUUCUGCUCAAUCAGCAAGUCACAGGUUCUGCCAAUAAUGGAGCAGUCUUUGAAACUGCCGGUGUAAACCUGAAGAACAAACUGGUGUUCCAUGCUGUUGUACCCCACUGGAAUCAGGGGCAAGGAAAUGAGCAAAAGGUGCUGGAGGAUAUCAUGGAUAAGUGUUUGGAUCUGGCAGAGCAGCGUCAGCAGAGCUCCAUUGUUUUCUCUGCCAUUGGCACAGGAAACCUGGGGUUUCCAAAGCCAUUGGUGGUCUGCACUAUGCUGGACUCUGCCUUCAAGUUCAGCAGUAACAGAAGUUCAAAGCAUGUGAAGGAAGUGGUAUUUGUUCUUCAUCCCAAAGAUACACAAACCAUUCAGGUAUUCACAGAUGAGUUUAGCAAAAGGUUUUUGGGUCAGUCUGCCUCAGCAAAUAACCCCACACAGCCACAGAGCACAGGCCCCUUCUCGAAGGUCAUAACGAAAUCUGGGAUUCAUGAGACUACAGUGGGAGGAGUAACGCUACAGGUCCUGAAUGGUGAUAUUACUUUAGAGAAAACUGAUGUCAUUGUGAACUCCAGCAAUAAAGAUUUUACAGCGAAAUCAGGUGUCUCAAAGGCUAUUUUGGAGAAGGCUGGUCCAAACAUAGAAACGGAGUGCCAGCAACUUGGGGCCCAGGCUAACAGUGGACUGAUAAUGACUCAAGGAGGGAAUUUGCAGUGUAAAAAGAUCAUCCACAUUGCAGCACACAGCGAUGCUAUAAGGAUCCAAAAACAUGUAAGAAAGGCUCUAGAAAUGUGUGCCAAGGAAAAGCUCACCUCCAUUGCAUUCCCAGCUAUUGGAACAGGACAAGCAGGGUUGUCUCCGGGUCAAGUAGCUGACUCCAUGUUGGAUGGCAUGGUGGACAUGAUAAGAAAAAAUCCCCAGUCCACUCUGAAGCUGAUCAGACUGGUGGUGUUCCAGGCCCAGAUGCUCCCUGAAUUCCACAAAAGCAUGCAGAAUCGAGAAACUGGACCUGCCAAACAAGACCAGAGUACCUGGUCAAAAAUCAAAACAUAUGCUGCUAGUGUUAAAUCCUUCUUCACUGGAUCCUGGGAGAAAGAAAUAAAACAACAUGGUGGCAAAGACUUUGUCAUUGAAGGUGUGCAAGUAGAUCCAGUGUUUUUCUCUAUCUGUGGCCCAUCACAAGCAGAAGUGGACAAAACAAAGCAUUUCUUAGAGGAUACAAUCGAUUGUGAACAAGUGUUCCAGUCCAUCACAGACACAGCAAUACUUACCCUAUCAGAUAAAGACCAACAGCGAAUACAGGACCUGCAAAGCACUAUAGAUGUGACCAUAAGGCUUGAAUACAAAGCCCAUACAGGUUCAGAAGAAAUCCCUGGAAAAGCCACACUAACAGUACAAGGUCUCAGUCGAGAUGUUCUAAAAGCCACUCAGGAAAUCCAAGACAUGCUCAAAACAGCCAAAGAUGAUGCCAUACUAAAAAAGGAAAUGGAUUACACAAGUGAGCUUGUUGAUUGGCAGUAUGAGCAAGGUGGCCAAUAUAGGAGUUUUGAUCAACGUACUAAUUUCGAUUUAGAGAAGGCCCUUGACAGAAAAGCAGACAUCAGAAUUUCCUUCCAAGGCCAAACUUAUCAGGUCAGACUGCCUGAGGGUCCUGCGGUGAGCACCACUGGUGGAAACCAGAUGAAUAUCAGACGCAUUGACAGAUUGAAAGCUACUGAAGAUAUUCCACAGCAUUGGGAUGCAAUGGCACCUAACGAGUUGCACAGAAAGUUUAAUUUGCAACCUACCAGCACAGAAUACAUAUAUGUAUUGAAGCACUUCCAGGCCACUUGUCCUAACAAAAAAGUCUUGAAGAUUGAGCGAAUCCAGAAUCCUGGCAUGUGGAGGAACUACCAGAAUAACAAAAAUGUCAUGGAAAAAAAGAAUGGUCAUCAAAACAAUGAGAAAAGACUCUUUCAUGGAACCAGUGAGCAGACUCUCGGUCACAUUGAAAGGAGUGGAUUUAAUCGUAGCUAUGCAGGAAAAAAUGCUGCAGCUUAUGGAAAUGGCACUUACUUUGCACUUAAUGCAAGCUACUCUUCUAGCGACACAUACUCAGUGCCUAAUACUCAGGGACAAAAAUACAUGUACUUCUGCAGAGUCCUUACAGGUGACUACACAAAAGGACAAACAGGGAUGAUUGUGCCACCUGCAAAAAAUCCUAACUGUGACCAGUACGACACGGUUGUGGACAAUUCUAAUGCACCGACCAUUUUUGUGGUGUUCCGGGAUGAUAAUGCAUAUCCUGAAUAUUUAAUCACUUUCACAAAUUAGUCUCUGAAAAUAAAUCAUUUUUCACAGUGAGGCAGAGGGCUUGAUCACAUCAGAUACAAUCAGGGAGAUGAAGCUACCAUAAUGUGUCUUAUUGAAUCAUUAAAAUUUAAACCAGCUUUAAUUAUGGAACCUAAAUGUGCUUUAAUUAAUUCAUUUUCAGUACUUUCUAUGGUAAAGUUAACGAAAUUAUGUCUUGUUAAAGGGAUAGUUCCCCUUCAAUUGCUGGUCCUCAUCGACAUUGUUUUCCUUCCAUACUAUGGAUGUCAAUGGGGGUCAGCAAAUGAAGUGAACUAUCCCUUUAAUUCUGGAGAUAGUUUCACUAAUUUGCACAAAUAACACAAUCUUCAGGAACAUGUAAACAAACUACACUGCAAAUAAAGAUCACAGAAAACUUGA